CCUCCUCCCGGUUUCUGCAGCGUAACUUGGUCAGUUAAUAUACACCCUUCUCACACAUACUGUACACACAUGAGGGAUGGCCGCAAUCUUUGGAAAGAUCGUCGUCGGCAUUUACGUAGAGAUCAAACGGAGCGAUGGGAGAAUACACCAGGCCAUGGUCACGUCGCUGAAUGAGGACAACGACAGUGUGACUGUGGAAUGGAUCGAGAAUGGAGACACCAAAGGGAAAGAGAUCGACCUGGAGAGCAUCUUCUCCCUCAACCCAGACGUGACCCCCGAGGAGGAGAUCCCACAGAGCCCCGAGACUCCUCCCCCCAUCUCCUCCACCUCCUCCUCUGCCACCAAACUCAACAAGGUUCCCAAGAACCGACGAACCAUAGCACCACCAAAGAGCGAGACCCCGCCAAGAGACAAUAAUGCUGCUACCGUGGGAACGACACGAGCCAGGCCCAGCCAGCAGCCCGUCCAGCCGGUGGAACCGCCCCCGCCCGCCCCCGCGGUUCAGCUCACACAACAACAGACCCUCCUGCAGCAGCAGAACGCGCGGCGGAAAUCAAACUGUGUGAAGGAGGUGGAGAAACUACAGGAGAAACGAGAGAGAAGAAGACUGCAAACACAGGAACUGAGAGAGAAGAGGGCCCAGGAAGUGGAUGCUACACUCCCAAACUACGAGAUCAUGAUCAUGAUCAGAGACUUCCGGGCUAGUCUGGACUACAGGCCCCUGACCACGGCUGAUCUGAUCGAGGAGCACCGGAUAUGUGUGUGUGUGCGAACACGUCCCCUCAAUAAGAAAGAGCUGACGAUGAAGGACCUGGACGUGAUCACCAUCCCCAGCAAGGACGUGGUGAUGGUCCACGAGCCCAAGCAGAAGGUGGACCUGACGCGCUACCUGGAGAACCAGACGUUCCGCUUCGACUACGCCUUCGACGACAGCACCACCAACGAGAUGGUCUACAGGUUCACUGCCAGACCACUGGUGGAGACCAUCUUUGAGAGGGGCAUGGCCACCUGCUUCGCCUACGGACAGACAGGAAGUGGAAAGACACAUACAAUGGGAGGAGACUUCUCUGGGAAGAACCAGGACUGCUCUAAAGGGGUCUAUGCUCUGGCUGCCAGGGACGUCUUCCUCAUGCUGAAGAAGCCAAACUACAAGAAGCUCGACCUCCAGGUCUAUGCCACGUUCUUCGAGAUCUACAGCGGGAAGGUGUUCGACCUGCUGAACCGCAAGGCCAAGCUGCGCGUGCUGGAGGACGGCAGGCAGCAGGUGCAGGUGGUGGGGCUCCAGGAGAGGGAGGUGAAGUGCACCGAGGACGUCCUCAAGCUCAUCGAAGUGGGCAACAGCUGCAGGACAUCCGGUCAGACGUCGGCCAACGCCCACUCGUCCCGGAGCCACGCCGUCUUCCAGAUCAUUCUGAGGCGGCGGGGGAAGAUGCACGGCAAGUUCUCCCUCAUCGACCUGGCGGGCAACGAGCGGGGCGCCGACACGUCCAGCGCCGACCGGCAGACGCGCCUGGAGGGCGCCGAGAUCAACAAGAGCUUGCUGGCUCUCAAGGAGUGUAUCCGAGCCCUGGGCAGGAACAAGCCGCACACCCCCUUCAGAGCCAGCAAGCUCACACAGGUGCUCAGAGACUCCUUCAUAGGAGAGAACUCCAGAACGUGCAUGAUUGCGACCAUCUCUCCUGGAAUGGCGUCGUGUGAAAACACUCUGAACACGCUGCGAUACGCUAACAGAGUGAAGGAGUUUGGGAUAAGCCCCUCUGACAUCCCCUUCUCCCAGAGCGGGGUGGGCGGGGGUCGCUCUGAGCACUCCCCCACCUACGAGUACGAAGACUUUGCCUCCUCGCCCACCAGGGUGAAGGAGCUGACGGUGGAGGCGGGGGCUGUGAUGGAGGGCCGUCAGGGGGGUCACGGGGUCACCCAGCUGGAGGUGCUGGAGGCUCAGUGGGGGGUUGGGAGCUCCCCUCAGAGAGACGACCUCAAACUGCUGUGUGAACAGAACGAGGAGGAGGUGUCCCCCCAGCUCUUUACCUUCCACGAGGCCGUCUCCCAGCUGGUGGAGAUGGAGGAGCAGGUGCUGGAGGACCACAGGGCCGUGUUUCAGGAGUCUAUCCGCUGGCUGGAGGAUGAGAAGGUCCUGCUGGAGAUGACAGAGGAGGUGGACUACGAUGUGGAAUCCUACGCCACCCAGGUGGAACAGAUCCUGGACCAGAAGAUAGACAUCCUCACCGAGCUCCGAGACAAGGUCAAGUCCUUCCGCUCCACGCUCCAGGAAGAGGAGCAGGCUAGCAAACAGAUCAAUCCCAAGAGGCCUCGUGCCCUUUAGGCAAACACACACACACACACUUACACACCAUUCAGUGGGACACCACCUGAAGCCCUUGUACAGUGUAUCAUGCUUACUUUAGCCUAGCGUAAACCAUUUGAAACCAGUGGUUUAUAUCCUGCCCAGUGUGUCGGCGCUGAACUACAACUAUGUUGUGGCCUGAAACACAGAUGCUAGUGUGAAACGGAGACAUCUUCUAGCAAGUGUUUUCUAAGCAGCUGAUUGAACUCACUACUGAUGUUUAUCUGUGAAUGAGUGUUCAGGUGAGACGUCAUCCACACAGUAUCUCUCCAUCGGGCAGACUUCCAGCUGUUGUUUGUCUGGUCGUAAAAAAAAAGAA